CAACAUGUGAGACCGUAAAAUUCCGACAACCGUCAUCACCGUAAAAUGACAUCCCGCGAUCUAAUUCGAGAUCGUCGUACUUUAUCUUACUGUCGCCGGGGUUCAAAGCGAGAAGCGGUGGGUGUAGGGAAACAUGACAACAGCUCUGGGAAACGUGGGAGGCGUCCUCCUCCACCUCCCGCUCCGCCACUUCCUCUUCAAUCCUCGCCGGAGUCUCAUUCCCAAACCCCACCUCCUGGCUCGAGGCGUAGUUAUUCGAGCCGCCACCACCUCUUCCUCCUCUCCUCCUGGGACGGCCACCGGCGACUCCAAUCCGGUAACACAGGAUCUCACUGAAGAUGCAAAAGUUAGCACUGGCAUCCCCAUAUUAGCUUGUCCUAUUUGUUACAAUUCUUUGAUCAGCAAAAAUGGUCCAGGCUUAACAUUAGCAUUCCAGUCUGCGUCCAAUCUUGAAUGCCAUACUUGCAAGAAAGAUUACCAAAACAAUGGUAUAUAUCUUGAUCUGGCAGUAGCUAGUGGAUCCAAGGAUUAUGCUGAAACUAUGCCAGCAAUGACUGAACUUUUCAGGAGCCCAUUGGUAUCAUUUCUUUACGAGAGGGGAUGGCGCCAAAAUUUUGUAUGGGGUGGUUUCCCUGGUCCAGAGAGAGAGUUUGAAAUGGCUAAAGGUUAUCUUAAACCCAGCACUGGUGGAACUAUUAUAGAUGCAAGCUGUGGGAGUGGCUUGUUCUCAAGGCUGUUUGCUAAGAGUGGGAUGUUUUCGCUUGUUAUAGCUUUAGAUUUCUCAGAGAAUAUGCUGCAGCAAUGCUAUAAUUUCAUCAACCAGGAGGGCAUGCCAAGAGAGAACUUGAUUUUGGUGAGAGCUGAUAUCUCUAGGCUCCCUUUUGUCUCAAGUUCAGUUGAUGCUGUUCAUGCUGGUGCUGCCAUACAUUGCUGGCCUUCUCCAUCUGCUGGUGUAGCAGAAAUAAGCCGAGUUCUGCGCCCUGGAGGUGUAUUUGUUGCAACAACCUUCAUCUUGGAUGUCUUGCCUCCGGUUAUUCCAAUCUUGAAAACAGUCCGCCAGUAUUAUAUCCGUGCCUCGAGCAAUUACCUCUAUCUAUCAGAAGGUGAACUUGAAGAUCUCUGCCAGACAUGUGGCUUGGUCAAUUUUACAUGUGUGAGGAAUGGACCUUUUGUGAUGAUAUCUGCAACCAAACCCAGUUAAUCAUGACAUUGUAUACAAAGCUCAUAACCCGAUUUUUAUGACCCUUGCAACUCACUUAUUUUUGAAAGGUGCAUGAUUGUGUAGUCGUUCAUGUUGAUCAUGAACAGAAUAAUCUCCUUGUCUGCUCUCGGACUUUCUCCAAGGAAAGGAAGGGGGGCUGCUGCAGAGGAUGUGAUAAGACUCUGCACUGUGAACUUGCAGUCGCUAAUGCCAUUUUUACUAGGUCGAAGCUGCUUAAUUCUUAGGGUUGUAAUCCUGUAAAAAGAGGAUGGUGGGAUUCUUCUUCUGCCUUUUCUCAUGCUUAAACAGAAAAGAUAUAUAUACCUGCCUUGAGUUAACUUAAAUGCAUAUUCUGUAGAAGAAUCUUCUCCUUCCUUUUCAUAUAAUUUGCUAAAGGAAUAAAUUUGUGUGUGAGAUGGCAUGCAAUUAAGCA